AUCUACGGUGUCUGGUCGGUGGGGGACACCGUCCCGGUUUCACAAGGUCCAACAUUUGGCACAUGUAGUAAAUAUGCCACGCACGCUCUGAGUAAAAGUGAAAAAUUAUGGUCAUAAGACAGCGAGAACUUAUCGCUCAAUGUCCUCAUCAUUCCAGCCUCUAAUUGGAUAAUGACUUUGAAAUCAAAUGCGAUAAUUUGGAUAAGUGAUAAAUAAAUUUAAACGUGUUUCCGUUAGUUGCUGCUCGGAUACAGUGGUGCAGGGUAGCGCUGUACGAGCUGUGCUGUGUAUGAUUAGCAAACUUGUGCAUCACAUGACAGUUUUUAUGUCGUAAAAUGCAAGGAAGUGAAAGCCAGAGUACGGACGACAUUGAAGACCAAGGGCAAACUUCCGAGCUAGAUUCCCCAGAGCUGCCUGAUACGCCGAAAAAACGCUACACUGCAAACCGCAAAGAGAGAAAACGCACUCAAACUAUGAACACUGCCUUUGAGGAUCUUAGAAACCAUAUUCCCAAUGUUCCACCGGACACGAAGCUAUCUAAAAUCAAAACGCUUCGACUAGCGAUUAGCUACAUUCGAUACCUAAUGGACAUCUUGGAAGAGAGCAAAGAUGGUAAACCAAGAGUGCGUAGGAACUUUGUUGUAGAGAUGGCUUUGCAGAGCGAUAUGAAAGAGAAAAGAAAGCGGGAGCAAUCGAGUGUGGAGCUAGCGCCGCGUAAGCGAGGAAGGACGGGGUGGCCCCAACAGGUCUGGGCGAUGGAGCUGCGGCAGUGAUAGCCACAUUCCAACCGGUUUAGCCUGUGUUCAAAGUGGUCAGUGGGAAUUGAACGCCAAGUGUAACUGCUACCUGGUUGCACCACAGUUCGUACCAUCAAGAGAGACCAGAGAGAUAUGAACACUGGUUUCCAAUACAUCGGUGGAUCACCUAGAGAGAGAGGAUUGUCAUGUGUACCCAAAGUACCACCACCAAUGGUAAAACGACCACCUCAAACAACUUAGCUGAUGGUUGCAAGGGAAAUGCAACUAGUAUAUGGGUGACUAAUUGGAUAUUCUUUCCUGGUAUUGUUCAAGAAACCUUCAGUUUCUAGAGUUUGUCCUCGUGCAAGGAAGGGUUGACAUUGUUACAAACCACCAAAGUCAGUAAAGCAGUCUGAAAUCUACCAUCCAAUUAUACUUGAUAUUGUUUAACAGUGGGAAUAGUUUGGAUGAUUUGGUCGAUGGUGUAUAUGUAUGGCGUGUAAAUAAUCUCAGAAAUAGAAAUGGAAGAGGAGUUUUAUUUCUUGGAAGAAAAUGGAUAUGGAAAUAUCGUUAAACAUGCAGCAUUCACAGCUCAAGCUUGCGUAGACCAAUAAAGAGAAAGAAGAGUCUAUAUAAAUACCUCCUAAUUAUUAGCUGAAAAAGUAAUUCCAGCACUACACCGUGGUAACAAUUUGAACUUUGAAAAAAAAUGUUUUUAAAAUUAAUCAAUGUCAAGCUCAUAUGCUUGCAAAUUACAGUGUGAUUUGGUACCAGAAAGGUCCUCGUGCCGAGCAGAGAUGUACCAAAGCCAUACAAGCUAUAUACGUCAGAUAUACCAUGGGCCGUGAGUAUGGGGAAACUGAGGGUGUUAGGCUCCCCGCGCAUGGCAAACUUUUAAAUACAUUUUUAUUAUUCAGCCCCCUUACCCCUGGAUAGGAGAUGAGGAGAUAUAAGAAGGGAGGAGAAGGAGUAGGAAAUAAAAAACAGAUUUAUAAAGAGGAAAGAUAGAUGAGAUAUUUAAUUAAGGAUUACUCAGCCUCCUUUAUCGUGAUGACAUUUUCGCCAAAAUACUAUGCGCGACAGGAGGCUAAUUCAUAAGCGAAGGAAACAAGAUGUGUUGAAUUAUAUGAUCUGGUAUUUUGAGAACUGGGAGAUAAGAUGAGAGAAAGCGUAUACGGAGGGAAAGGGCAAAGGGCUGGAGGUAGUAGAUUAAAAAAAAUAUAGGAGAUAUUAGAGAAGAAAAGGGAAUUAUAGAGAAAGAACAUGGCAGGGGAAGGGAGUGUAAGAGAAAUGUAGGAGGAGGAGGUGGGUCUAUAAACAGAAAAAUGAUAUCGAUAAAGGGAGCGUAGAUAUGAGGAAGGAAUUAAGAAAAGACGAGGGGUGAGAUGAGGGGCAGGACGUGGGGAGGGGCAGAGAAGAUGGUAUUGGAGGACGAGGAAAAGGGGAGAAUGAUGGAUAAGAAAGGGGAGAGAGGCGCAUAAUGGUGACAAGGGGGAGGGGAACAGUAAGAGGAGUGCUGUCGGAAGGAGUAUUAAUAAGGACUACUGUGAGGAUAAAGAGAAGGAUAAGCAUUCGAGGAUAAAUAUGACGAUUAGGAUUUGGAGGAUAAAGGGACUAGAGGAAAUGUCCUGGCCAAGAGCAUUAAAUGUAGCCAGAUUGUGUAUCCAUGGAGCUUGCCGACGAUCGCAGCCCUCCGCUUGCCUUGUCAGUAACGAGAGAUGUUCGAUGAUCUUGGUGAAUUGUGAAGAGGAGACGGGUUAGUAAAGAUGAAGGGAUGAUUAUGAGGUGAAGGAGACGGAGAUCUGACGAUGAGAUCUCGAAGAGAUGCAGAGGCUCUGACAACCGUAAAAGUGAACCGAAUAAAUGAAAGCAAAAUGUGUUAGGGGCAUUUUUGAGCCGUUAUUA